GCUUCCGCUUCUGUGAGUGAACGGUGGUUCAGGGACAGUGUAGCGCUUCACACGAGCGGGGUUUGUUUUUAGUUAACGGCAGUGUUUAGCGUUAACCUAGGCCAGACGAUGGCAGACAAAAUGGAUAUGUCCUUAGACGACAUCAUCAAGCAGAACCGUCAGCGCGGAGGCAGCGGGCGCGGCGGCGGGAGAGGAGGCCGCGGAGGAGCAGGUGGAGGCCGCGGUGCUGGCGCCGGAGGGCGCCUCGGAAACACCGGCGGAGGCUUCGGAGGCCGCGGCGGCGGGUCGGGCCCCAUGAGGAGCCGCCAGGGCCUGAGCCGCGGAAGAAGCAGACCCACGCCGUAUAGCAGGCCCAAGCAGCUCCCAGACAAGUGGCAGCAUGACCUGUUCGACAACGGCUACAGUGUGAGCGGUGGAGGUGGGGGUGCAGCCGGCGGCGUGGAAACCGGAGGAAAGCUCCUCGUGUCCAAUCUCGACUUCGGCGUCUCUGACGCAGACAUUCAGGAACUGUUUGCUGAAUUUGGCACUUUGAAGAAAGCAGCAGUACAUUACGAUCGGUCAGGACGCAGCCUCGGCACUGCGGACGUUCACUUUGAGAGGAAAGCAGACGCUCUGAAAGCCAUGAAGCAGUACAACGGUGUCCCCCUUGAUGGUCGUCCAAUGAACAUUCAGCUUGUUACCUCACAGAUCGACGCACAGAGGCGGACACCAAUGCAGGGUCUAAAUCGUGGAGGUGGUGGCAUGAACAGAAACCGAAUUGGGGGCUUUGGCGCACAGAAAGGUCGCGGGGGACGUGGUGGCGGAGGAGGAGCCAGAGGUCGGGGGCGAGGGGGUCGAGGAGGUGGCGGCGGCAGCAAACAGCAGCUCUCUGCCGAAGAGCUGGACGCCCAGCUAGAUGCCUAUAACGCCAGGAUGGAUACCAGCUAAACGUGUCAUGUCGAGCUGCGUUCCCCACUGUUCGGACACGGGAGAGGGGUCAUCGUUGUAAUAGCAUUGAACAUGCCAGAUGUUUUACACUUGCGUCUUCAGAAGUGAUUUAAAUUUGUGCAUCAGCUUCGUUCUCCUUUUAAAAUGUUCGUGUUUUUUACCUACUUUGUUUUAUUUUUUGUUUCCUUUUUUUGAGAAAAACCUGGUUGGACUGUAGGAUUUAAGGGAUGGUCUCAUCUUGACCAUCCUUGUGUAGAUCAUUGAAAUUAAAAAAACCUGCAGUAUUUAGUAACCACA